CUUCCGGGUUGAGGUGGCGAAGGAAGGGAUGAGCCGUGAUGCUGUCUGUGCUUCACACAGCCACAGCAGCAGCAGCGGCGGCAACAGCCGAGCUCCUCUUUCUCCCUCCUCAGUCAGUCAGAGUCACACAGAGGCAGGCAGAGGCAGCACGUCCGUCCGUAGAGAGGGGGAGCUCACAUCGCACAGCUGCUGCUUCUGACCGAGCCGACAUCCUCAUUCACGGUCUUAUCACAUGGAUACAUCCUCUGCUCUGAAUCCGUUUUUUGACACUUAACGGUGCUCCUGGAGUCGCGGUCAGUGUGAACCAGACAUCAUCGGGGGCUCGGAUUUUUUUUUUUUUAGCUGAUUUGUCUCGACGACACGCAGAGAGGACCUCACCCCCUCACCCCCUUCUCCCUCCCUCCACCACAAUCGCUAGCUCGCUAAGCUAGCUAGCCCGCUAAUUUAGCUGUGACACUUACUGGCGUCAGUUUUCUGUCUGCGGUCUCUUGCGCCAUAAAGGCAAAUUCAAGAGCUUCGUCAUUCCAGGAGCAUGUUUGAGUGACGAGCAAAGGAAGAAGUGGCAUCUCUGUGGCUCCGCCCCCCUCUGCUGGUGGAGCAUACUACAUAUCCGACCAGAGACCCCUGUAGUCACAUUGAGAGGAUGCGGAGGUUUGCCUACUGCAAGGUGGUUUUAGCCACCUCUCUGGUGUGGGUGAUGCUGGACAUGUUCAUUCUGCUCUACUUCAGUGAGUGCAACAAGUGUGAAGACAAGAGGGAGAGAGGACUGCCCGGCAGAGAGAAUCCUCUCACCAGGCCGCGGGACGGGCCAGGUGAAGGGGGGAAGCCUGUGGUGAUCCCUAAGGAGAACCAGGAGAAGAUGAAGGAGAUGUUUAAGAUUAACCAGUUCAACCUCAUGGCCUCAGAGAUGAUUGCCCUCAAUCGCUCACUGCCUGAUGUCCGCCUGGAAGGGUGCAAGAACAAGUUAUACCCCGAUAAUCUUCCACGUACCAGUGUCGUGAUUGUAUUUCAUAAUGAGGCAUGGAGCACUCUGCUGCGAACUGUCCACUCUGUCAUCGACCGCUCUCCACACACGCUGUUGGAGGAGAUUGUCCUGGUGGACGAUGCCAGUGAGAGAGAUUUCCUGAAGCGGCCGCUUGAGCAAUAUGUCAGAAGGCUUGAAGUCCCUGUCAAAGUAGUGAGGAUGGAUCAACGGUCUGGACUUAUUCGUGCUCGUCUCAAAGGAGCGUCCAUCUCCACUGGCCAGGUUAUAACCUUUCUUGAUGCUCAUUGCGAAUGUACAACAGGCUGGCUCGAGCCUCUGCUCGCCCGCAUCAAGCAAGACAAGAGAACAGUUGUGUGCCCCAUCAUCGACGUGAUAAGCGAUGACACAUUUGAGUACAUGGCAGGAUCGGACAUGACGUAUGGAGGCUUUAACUGGAAACUCAACUUCCGUUGGUAUCCUGUACCGCAGAGAGAGAUGGACCGGCGCAAAGGAGACCGCACGCUGCCCGUCAGGACUCCCACCAUGGCAGGUGGCUUGUUCUCCAUAGACAGAGAUUAUUUCCAGGAGAUUGGCACGUAUGACGCAGGCAUGGACAUCUGGGGUGGAGAGAACCUGGAAAUCUCUUUCAGAAUCUGGCAGUGCGGUGGGACUCUAGAAAUUGUCACAUGUUCACAUGUGGGUCACGUGUUCAGAAAGGCGACGCCCUACACGUUUCCUGGGGGAACGGGACAGAUCAUCAACAAAAACAACCGACGCCUGGCAGAAGUAUGGAUGGAUGAAUUUAAAAACUUCUUCUAUAUUAUCUCUCCCGGUGUGACCAAAGUGGACUACGGUGACAUCACAUCUCGCUCUGGUCUGAGACAAAAGCUUCAGUGUAAACCCUUCAGUUGGUACUUGGAGAACGUCUACCCCGACUCCCAGAUCCCCAGGCACUAUUACUCCCUGGGAGAGAUUCGCAAUGUGGAGACGAACCAGUGCCUGGACAACAUGGCCCGCAAGGAGAACGAGAAGGUCGGCAUUUUCAAUUGCCACGGCAUGGGAGGCAACCAGGUUUUCUCUUACACAGCCAAUAAGGAGAUAAGAACUGACGACUUGUGUCUAGAUGUGUCUAAGUUAAAUGGCCCUGUCAUGAUGCUUAAGUGUCACCACCUCAAAGGCAACCAGCUCUGGGAGUAUGACCCCGCGAAGCUGACUUUGGUCCAUGUUAACAGUAACCAGUGUUUGGACAAGGCCAGCGAGGAGGACAGCCAGGUGCCCAGCGUCAGAGACUGCACACACACGCGCUCUCAACAGUGGCUGCUCCGCAACGUCACACUACCAGAGGUCUUUUGACCACAUUCCACACACCAAACACACACACAGCAGCCCAGAGUAAGCAAUGAGGGGGAUGGAUGUGUGGAUUAAAAUUGGGCGCCAGGAAAGGAAAGACUGCCCAUAAGGGGGACUCCAGAAGGGAGGAGGAUGGAUUAGAUGGUACUACCUCUGCGUCAAAUCAGAGGGAGGAGUGUGUUUGACCCUCCUCAGAACGGCGGAGAGAGGAGAGACUCCUUUUAUGUUUGUUUGUUUUGGGGUUUUUUUUAAAAGAGAUUUUAACCACACUGAGUGAUCAUGAGACUGCCUGGUGGAGUUGAGGUUCUGCACUCUGAGCUUCCUUGAACAAAGCGGUCCACCCCUCAACUCAUCACUUUACUGACUGGUUUACUGACUGCCUCUUUUCAGAGAGUGUGCACUUAUAUGUAUGUAUGUGUGUGUGUGAGUGAGUGAGUGAGUGUGUGUAUCUUGAGAUGAAUGUAUGCUUUGAGAACGGGGCUGAAUUCUUUGUUGAAUUUUUUUUUUUUUUAUUUAAUUUUGUAAUGGAUUUUGAAAAUGACCUCUGGUGAACUCUUAUGAAGAAGAGUGCAUGAGGAAGUGUGAAUGUGUGAGACUGUAGUGUGCACGUGUCAGAGCCCCUCCUGUAGUCUUGCAACAGUGUAUGUCUCCCUCUGGUGUUCGUCCUUGGCAUUUCAUCCUACAGACUGAAGCCUUCUCAUUGGAAGAAUUCUUCAAGGAACUGCAAAUAGGAAAAAAAAAAAAAACAA